AAAUUAAACUAUUCAUAUUCCCAUUGUUAUUAUUCUCUCACCAUGUUGAAUUUUUUAUUUCUAGUGUCUACUAUUCUUUUUUCAUCUGUUGAAAAAAAAUAAAACCUUUGUUGGAUACUGUUGCUUCCAUGGAAGCCUCACCAUCCAGCACUAGUAAGAGUAAAAUAUUGUCAAGUUUUUCAAUAUCAAACUAUUGUCCACAUAGAAAUGGUCCAUUUGUCUGUAGGUGGUGGGGUUCUUUGUUGAGUUGUUGGUGCUCUUUCCCUUGGUACUUCCUUUCUACAUUUCUCUUUUGGUCUAUUUCUUCUUCUUCUUCUUAUUUCUCCUUGCUACUCGUCGCUUCAUCACAACCCUUAACGUCUCCACCGACGAAAACCCUUUAUAAUUCAAACCAUAAGUACAAAGUUGUUGUUAUUUCAGCUAGUGUUGCUUUGAGUAUCUUGGUGUUUGUUUUCUUUGUUUUGAUGGCUUUGUUCAAGUGCUUCGGGUUGAAGCUAAGGCGGAGAGGUGUUGUUGGGUUACGCGAUGCUAGGGCUACUGCAGAUAUUGAAGAAGUUGAUUAUUCGAAACGAACUGUAGUGUAUACCUGUGAUGAAGUUGAGAAGUUCACGAUGAACUUAUCGAGGUCUAGGUUGAUUGCAUAUGGAGGAUUUAGUACAGUCUAUUUAGCACAAUUUCCUGAUUCAAUGCUGUGUGCUGUGAAAAUCAUCGAUUUAAGCAGCGAACGCUUUGAGAAGGUUUACAAGCAGGAAUUAGACAUAUUGUUGCAGAUAGAACACGAAAACAUCGUGAAGUUCUUGGGUAAUUGUGAUAACGGAGAUGCAGGGAUGUUACUGUUUGAAUACAUUCCGAAUGGAACGCUACAAGAGAAACUGCACUGCGUAGAAGCGAAGAAAGUAUUGUCAUGGAGAAACCGUAUGGCUAUAGCAUAUCAGCUUGCUAAAGCCAUCGAAUAUCUCCAUGAAAAAUGCACACUCCCAAUAGUCCAUGGCGAUAUCAAAUCCUCGAAUGUUUUGCUAGACAAGAAAUUCAACUGCAAACUCUGCGACUUUGGGUCUGCGAAAAUGGGAUUUUCGUCCACCAUUUUACCUCCGUCUGCUAAUCGUGUCUUGCUCGGUUCUCCAGGGUAUACGGAUCCUCAUUACCUGAGAACUGGCAUUGCUUCGAAAAAGAAUGAUAUAUACAGCUAUGGUAUAAUAAUUCUUGAAUUAAUUUCGGGUUUUGAAGCACUUUCAUCUGAUAACGGAGAAAGAUUAAUCUCGAAAGCUAGUGUUAUAUUACGAGAUUCAUCUAAAGUAGCAGAAAUGAUUGAUUCAAGACUCAAUGGAGUUUAUGAUUUGGAAGAAGCAAAAGUUAUGGUGUCAUUAGCAGGUUUUUGUCUUGGUGAUUCACCAAGCCUAAGGCCCUCUGCUUCACAGAUAUUAAGUACUAUAACAAGUAAAAUCUCUUCAAUGUCAUUUCUGGUUUCUCAUGAUCAAAAAGUUUAGAGUGAUUGUUAUUGUUACUCCCUCCGUUCCAAAAUAAUUGUCACGUUUCGGUUCUCUUGAGUGAUGAUUAGGUGAAUUUCUGUAAAUUAGUAUAAUUUGUAUAGGGUGGUUCUGCCUUGUUUGUUUGAACAAAGAGCUUAUACUUAGUAUUGUAGGCAAUGAAUUCAGUUUAAGCAAUUACACGCUUGAACUUUGGAAUUUGAAUGGUUAGUUUUCAUAAAUUAUCAGUAGUCCUUUAA